GGUGACCCAGGGGAGCGUAACUUCUCGGGCGUCGGCAUCAACAUAAUGAGCAAUGACAACGCUGUCACCGAUGUCGUCAUCUUCUCGGCUGCUGUUGGCAUUCUUGUCUCUGGACAGGCCAACACGUUCUCCGGGGUACAUUGCUACAACAAGGCCACAGGAUGGGGUGGUGUUGGUAUCUACCUGCGUCUCCCCGGUCUGACUCAAACUCGCAUCGUGAAUUCGUAUUUUGAUUAUACUGGAAUCAUCGCAGAGGACCCCGUCCAGCUCCGAGUGGCAGAUUGCUUUUUUCUAGGGAACUCUUACGUGCUUUUGCGCUCAGUGCACGGGGUGGCGAAGGGCGUCAGCAUCGUCGGGAACAUGUUUUCGGGGACAGGGAAGCCUCUGGACAUUGUCCAAUUGGACGAGUCGAAGGGUCCCCGGUUUGGGACAGUGGAGCAGGUGGUGGUGGAUGGGAACAAUGUAAAGGGGAUGACAGCAAGAUCGACAGUUGCAAAGCGGUCGGCAAGCACGAAUGGCACAAUGUGGACAGUCGAUUUCUCGGAUGCUUUGUUGUUCCCAGGGAGGAUGUCACAUGUACAGUACACACUCCAGGUGACCGGUGGAGGGUUCCCCGUCCAUGCGCUCAGGAUUGCGGAGGGGAACCGGGUGGUGGUCGAAGCAGACCGGCCUGUGCAAGGGACCCUACAUGUAUCUGUGGACCAGAGCAGCUAGGUUAUGACUGCUGUGUAGCCACGUUAUCUUUGGUUUGGAGGGGAGGGUUCCAGCUGAGGUGGAAGAUGUGCAAGUACAUAAUUCCUUUUAAAAUUUUAAUUAAUUAACAAGAUCCCAUUUCAUUUGAUUUUGAUCCAACUGUGGAAGUAUGUGUUAGUAUAUAAACAUUGUCUCAAAUUUCAAUUUUUUUUUUUAAGGCCUCCAACGGAUGCCUCUUCCCUGUUUUCAAAGGGUUAGGACCUGAAAUACGUUCUGAAUUCAGGUCAUCUUCUCUGCAAAUCCAUGAAUUUGUGGCUCCCAAAAUACUGUAGAUCUUUUGAAAAUUGGAGAAUUGAAGUCCCAAAAAGGCUACCUGUUGGGCCGUUUAUAAGGCUCAAAUUUCAUUAGUGUUUUCAACUUCACAAGGGCGGUCGGCAUAUUUACUUGAUUCAUCUCCAAGAUGAAUUUUUGGAAGGUAGAAGGACAAUGUAGGGACUCACCAAAACCCUACCCUUCAAAUUCUACGGAUUCGAUCCCAGAAUUGGAGUACUACUUGAUUUGUGGCAAACCUCCUCCCAAAAGGCGGGAGUGAUUACUCUGGGUGCUCACUGUCUCCCCUAUGUAUCAUCAUCGUCAAAGGCUUUUGCUCAUCAGCAAUGGAAGGUUCAACACGUUUAUAGGAACGUCAAUAUGGUUGCGGACUCUUUGGCCAAAGCAGCAGUCUCUUUAAAUGAAAUAAUUGUGUAGCGUGGUCGACGGCCCUUGAUGUUGUAAUGCCUUUUAUUUUAUUUAAUGUUGCUAGUGUUACCUUGCCAAGGAUAUAAGAAAUGUUCAUGUAAUACUUCUUUUGAUUCUUUAAUAAAAUGGAUAGGGAUCCGAUA